GGAGGGAGGGACAGAGGUAGGGAGGAUCGAUAGCAGGCUGAGAAACAGGAAGGUGUGUGUGUGUGUGUGUGUGUUUGUGUGUGUGGCAGCAGCUGAACGACCCACGACAAGUCAGAGAGACAAAGAGACAGCAGCUCGCUUCUUCUGACAGUUUAUCAGUUUUGUUGCCUGUAGAUGUAGAUGCCACUGAGUGUGUGUGUGUGAGAGAGAGAGAGAGAGAGAGAGAGAGAGUGUGUGUGUGUGACAUGCCUGAGGAGGAAUAUUAGUAACAUAAACAUCAAAAUGGAUUUCCAGCACAGGGCAGCUCUGGAUAUCUCCACCAGGAACCCUCAGGAUGAUUUUGAGAUCCUGCUGAGAGUCGGAGGAGGAACCUACGGAGAAGUUUACAAGGCACGUAACAAGCAGAAUGGAGAGCUGGCAGCCAUCAAGGUCAUCAAGAUGGAGCCAGAGGAUGAUUUUUCUAUCAUCCAGCAGGAGAUCGUCAUAGUAAAGAGCUGCAAACAUCCCAACAUAGUGGCAUAUUAUGGCAGCUACAUACGAGCUAAUAAACUGUGGAUCUGUAUGGAGUUCUGUGGAGGAGGCUCCCUCCAGGAUGUCUACCAUGUGACCGGUCCUCUGUCUGAGCCACAGAUCGCCUACAUCUGCAGGGAGAUGCUACAGGGCCUGGAUUACCUGCAUGCACAGAAGAAGAUCCACAGAGACAUCAAGGGUGCCAACAUCCUCCUGAACGAUCAGGGCGAGGUCAAGCUGGCUGACUUUGGGAUCUCCGCUCAGAUCACAGCCACUCUGGCCCGGCGGAUGUCCUUCAUCGGGACGCCAUAUUGGAUGGCACCAGAGGUGGCAGCAGUGGAGAUUAAAGGUGGCUACAAUGAACUAUGUGACAUCUGGUCAGUGGGCAUCACAGCCAUAGAGCUGGCAGAGCUACAGCCGCCAAUGUUUGAUGUCCAUCCGCUGCGAGUCCUGUUUCUCAUGUCCAAGAGCGGCUACCAGCCUCCUAAACUGAAGGACAAGUCUAAAUGGUCCUCCAUGUUUUAUAACUUUGUAAAAGCCAUGUUGGUGAGGAACCCGAAGAAGAGACCCAGCGCCUCCAAGAUGCUCUCACACAUGUUUUUGACCCAGCAGUGCCUGAACCAGGAGCUGACCCUGGACCUGGUGGAAAAGUAUCGACACCCUGAGAGACUGAAGACCUGCCUGGUGACAGAGGACGACGAGAUGGAGGUGGUGGUGCCUGGAUCUUUAAAGAGGAUCCAGUCUAUCAACAAACACAACCGGGCAGAGAGGACCAACUCUGACAUAAGCUUGGAACAGAUCUACACUCGGAGGCCUGUGAAGAAAGAAUCACCAGACACAACGUUAAGGCCUUCACUGGGAUCACUGGGAUCAACCGGCAGUAGCAAGAGUCCAGUGAGGGAUCAGGAUACAGACUCAGACGAUGACUAUGAUGAUGUGGAUAUCCCUACGAUACAAGCCACCAGUCUCACAAUGCCAGCGGAUGAAACCCCUCCUCCUCUUCCUCCAAAGCCCAAAGCGAGGACCAGCUCAGAUGAAAGCAUUGCGGGGGAAGAUGAUCGGGCGAGGAAACCCUCCAGUCUGUACGCCCCCUCCACUCUCAUCAGGACCUCCAGUGGGACGCACGUCCGGCCUACGCCCAAACAACGACAUUCACGACACUCAGACCCUGCGUCCUUCCCUGUCCAGUUUAAUGACAACCCGGCAGACCUCCUUCCUCCUGAGCUCCCCCCUAAAGGCAUACGCAGACGGCCACCCCCAUCAAAGGACCCUGCUGAGUGUGCCAGCCCCGUCACGAAGAAGCCUCCUGUCUACUUUAAAAAGAUCUUCCAUGGCUGCCCUCUUAAAAUAAACUGCUCCACGACCUGGGAAAACCCCGUUACCAAAGACCAGCAUCUGAUCCUGGGGGCAGAGGAAGGAAUCUACACCCUGAACCUCAACGGUUCAGAGGCCACGAUGGAGCUGUUGUAUCCCGGGAAGUGUACCUGGGUCUACACCAUUAAUAACGUCCUCAUGUCUGUAUCAGGUAAAUCAUCGCAGCUUCACUCCCAUUUACUGAAGGAGCUGUAUGAACAGGCUCGGAAAGACCAGAGGAUGGUUGCCUUGCCGACUCACAGACUGUUACCAAGGAGAUGUGCAGUGACAUGUAAAAUACCUGAUACCAAAGGCUGCAAGACCUGCUCAGUUGCAGGUAACAUGCAGCGAGGCUGCGUGUUCCUGUGCUGUGCUCUGGAGUCCAGUGUAGUGCUGCUGCAGUGGUACGAGCCCAUGCACAAGUUCAUGCUCAUUAAGAAUUUUGACUUCCCGCUGCCCAACCCUGUGCGGGUGUUUGAGAUGGUGGUGGUGCCCCAGCAGGAGUACCCGCUGGUGUGUAUCGGUGUCUCUCGGGGGUCCAGCCCCAACCUGCCAGUCACUGUAGAAUACAUCAACCUCAACUCCAACACAUCCUGGUUCACCAGCUCUGGCCUCGAGAAACCUUGCCCAGAUGUAGUUCAAGUAAACCAGUUGGACAGCAGCUCACUGCUCAUCCUCAUAGAAAAGUCAGUAUAUAUAGUUGGUCUGGAGGGGGAGUUGAAGAGCACCCGGCAUCUGCCACAUGAGACCACCUUCUCUCAUGAUGUUGAGUCUAUAGUCCAUUUUGAGGACACGCUGCUGGCAGUGUGGCGUCACGGCUGGCAAAGGAGACGACAAGGUUUCACUGACGUGCUGGAGGAAGCCAACGACCACAGGAAGAUCUACAGACUGGUGGAGUCAGACAGGAUGGUCAUCUUGGAGACGCGUCAGAUCGAGGACCAGACGGGGCUGUCCAACCUGUAUGUCCUGGAAAUUGCUGAGAACUAUGUCAUGCUGCCCUGACGCUCCUGUCUGCUGGCAUAGGGCAUCAUGGGAAACUCCCAACUCCACUUCUAUAUGAAUGCCUCUACCCAGGACUUGCAUCUGUCAUCAUUAACUUUGACAGGCAUGGAUGCGCUGCCACAGUAUUUUAUUUUCUAAUGGGAGGAGAGGAGAUGUGAUGGCAGGAUGUUGCAAACCCAUACUGACCUAAGAGGAUUGUUGUGUUGUAGCCUGUAUCCCUCAAUCUGGGGGGAGUCUGCUCUUAUUUAUGCUAAUUUCAACAUGGUUUGUGAGAUCCCGACAAUCUCCAUAAUCCAGACAGCUGAGAAAACCCUAAAUGAAUAGUGAAGGAAGGUCCUCCUUUGACAUCCUUUGCUAUCUACUUUCUUCUGCCUUCAGUAUUGUCGAUCACAGCAGCAGCUGCCUGCAGGGACUGAAACAUAUGGCUUCCUGAAGACGCCACUUACAAGCAUGAAGGACUGAAGCAUAGCACUGCUGUUGCUCAUGCUGUGUGUUUUGUAACCUGCCUUUGUAUGUCAGUGUUGGACCAAAGAUACACACUUCUCACUGCCGUUACACUGUAAUAAAGUUCAUUAACACAA